GAAACCCUCACAGAGCAGCGUAAACGCUGGAUUCACCUCCUCCGCACGCAGCACUACCACCCCGUAAUCCAUGACAUCCUCGCCGCCGAGCUCCCCAAAUACGCACCAAACAGCAGCGCCAUCAACCCCGCAGACAGAGUGUCGCACAUGCGCGAAUGUGCCCUCAUCCUCGCCUCCGCCUCCACUGUCUUCACCGCAGCCGUGGAGGGAAACCUAGUAAGUCGCAUGCAGCACGACGCUGACCUGCGCACAGAACACGCAGAUAUAUUGCAGCGUGCCAGCCGCCAGCCGUCGAUAUACGUUCAUCUCCUCGCCGAGUCCCACGGUGUUGCGCCGACGCCGCGGCAGUACCGCGAGAUCGGGGAUAGAGUGCGAGAGUACAUCAGCGACGAGCCGUCGGAACAUGCGUUUUAUAUCGACAACAUGACGGCCCCUUUCGUAGCACUCACUAUUUCUGAACAAGGAUAUCGUAAGUACUUGCACACGCGCGCCAACAUGCGGUCCACGCAUCGCAUCGCCGUCCUGCACCGCCUCUGCGCAGGCAUAACAGCGCGCUGCCUCGCCAUCCCGCCGCACCAGCACGACGAGCCCUUCGCCUUCCCCCCCGCAGAAUGCGGAUACAGUGCUAACACACCCGCGCGUCUGGCCCAGCACCGCGCGCGCCGCUCGUCAAACUACGUUAUGAAUCUGGUGGAGGAUAUAUGUGGCGCGCUGCAUCGCGCGGCGCACGUCCUGUUUCCGCAGCUGUUUACUAUGCAUCAGUUUGUUGUUUGUGCGGUUUUUCGGCCGCGGGCUGCGGCGGUGGCGGAGAUGUUUUGCUCCGCGCUGUUGCAGGUGUGGGUUGAGGGUGGGGGUGGGUUUAAUGCGGCGCCGGCGGGGAGGAGCGUGGCGAGUGCGGGGAGG